GAAUAUUGUUCCAAUGGGAUGAACUAAAGUUACAUUUUGAAAUGGCAAACAUAAAUGAAAAAUGCCACAAAGCUAAAAUCUUAUACGAAAUGUAUAGGGACGAAACAAUUCAUCUAUAUUUACUUUUUUUGAAACCAGUUUUGCAUGAAAUACAAAUUGUUAACAAAGUCUUUCAAAGCAAUGAAAAUGACCCAACGCGCCUUUUAAAAGAAAUAACUCUAUUAAUUAACUUCCUUAAAAAAAAAUAUUCGAUAACGAAAUUAUAGAUGUAUUAUACGACGACUUCGAAGAUAAAAUUUUGUACACCUGUAGUCUUGGUUAUGAAUUCGAAAUGCAUCUGGAAAAAUUAAAAAACACAGAGGUAAAAGCAUAUAGAGAUGCCGGAGGGAACAAGAGAUUCGAGGAGAUUGCCAAUUUUGUUUUAAAACUUCUCUGUCUUCCGUGGUCUAAUGCGGACGUUGAACGUGUGUUCAGUCAAAUGAACAUCGUAAAGACAAAUAUAAGAAACCGAUUACACCUACAGACAGUAAAUUCUGUUUUAGCAAUUAGAUACGGAUUAAAAGGAAGCGGAAAGUGUUGUUACCAAUACGAUGUCCCAACGAAUUACCUGAAAUUAAUUGGAUCGAGUGAAUGCUAUGAUUAUAAUAAUAAUGAUGAUAAUGACGAUGACAAUGACUGGAUUUUUUAAAUUCAUCAAAUUAUUUUCGACAACUUAUGUGAUCAAAUAUGAAUUUUAAAAGUUAAUUUUUGAAUAGUAA